AUGGAGGCGGUGAUCAUUAUCGACGUCUUGAGGAGAGCCGGCGCGGACGUCACGGUCGCGUCCGUGGAGAAGGAUAUUCGCGUAUAUGGUUCCUGGGGGGUGAAGCUCGACGCGGACGCUCUCGUGGCGAACUGCGCCGGGACACACUUUGACCUGAUUUCUAUUCCUGUGGGUUCUGGAUGCCGUUUUUCAUGGUAAUUUAGGCGUCUUUUCUCUUCGGAAUUAUGUUUAAGUUGAUCUUUCUCGUAUUUCCAGGGCGGUAUGCCUGGCUCUGCCACUCUCAGAGACUGUGCAAUUCUGGAGGAGAUGGUGAAGAAACAUGUCGCUGAUGGUGGCCUGUAUGCUGCUAUUUGCGCGGCUCCGGCUGUUGUGCUUGGAUCGUGGGGUCUGUUGACGGGUUUGCAAGUAGGAUUCGACCGUUUAUUCAAGCAAAUUAUACGUUUUCGAUGCGUCUACCCGUUUUUUUUUUAUGUAAUUUCAUUUUCUCCAUUCAUAGUUGCACCAAAACUUGUCUCAUAUAUAUAUAUAUAUAUAUAUAUCCUUUUUUGGUACCGUUUUCCUUCUCGUCUUCGUCAGAUGAUUUUUCUACCCCCACAAAAUGUUACGUAACUUCAAUCAGACAUCCCUAGGUAAUUUUAUUUGCCAUCCACCUCUUUUUAAAUAUGAUGUUUUCAGGCAACUUGCUAUCCCUCAUUCAUGGAAAAACUACCAGCGGAUGUAACCGCUGUUGAAUCGAGGGUCCAGGUGGAUGGUAAAGCUAUUACUAGUCGGGGAGCUGGGACAGGGAUUGAGUUUGCCGUGACAUUGGUUGAGCAGCUUUAUGGUAAAGACAAGGCCGACGAAGUUGCUACGCCCAUGGUAAGUCACCUAUGUCCUGUGUCACCACUAGUUUCUGAUUAAUUCUUGUCACAGUUGGGCUAGGACCUAUUGAUUCCAUGGGCGAGAAAGACUGUUUAAUGGUUAUUACUUCUAGAUCGUUCUCAUUGAAAACGGUAAACACUGGAUCAUUGUGCCGUGUUUCUUUUGAGGACCAUUUUGUCAGUUUGAGUCCUUCGAUUGUGGGCAAAUGUCUAUUGGGUACUUUGCAUAACAUCUUGAUUGUACAUCUAACACCGUGGAGAAUUGUUAAAAUAUUCUUAUUUACAUAAAAUUGGGAAAAUGUUAUCUGUAGGUCUGCACAAUAUCCAGCUGUCAUAUGUGAUUGACGCCAAAGAUCGUAGUAGUUAUUUGGUUUGCAUAUUUGCUUUGAGUUUUAUUGAUAGGUACAGGUUCAGUUACUGUGUUAAGGCCUUAUUAAUUCAUUGGCUGGCUCAAUCGUAUCCUGCUAUUUAUUGCUUUCCACUUCAUGAAUCUUAGUUGGAGGAUUGACAACCUGCCUUAUAAUUUCUUGUUUCAUGUUUCUUUUCUGGAGUUAAUUGCUCAGAACAGGAACUUCAUGAAAAAGGGACCGCUCCUGGUAUCCCCAAUAUUUCUGGCUAAAAUGUCUUAUCUUAUAUUAUCUUUUCGCUUGAAUUCUGCAAGGAGUAUACAAAUUCUUGGUAUGGGCUAAGUUAUUAAAGAAUGGGAUGGUACAUCUUCUGUGUAGAGUUCUCUGAUUCGUCCCUAAUGUUCACUUUUAGAUGCCCAUUAAUUAUAUAGAGUUUAUAUCUUUUGGUGGGGUGCAUAAUAUUACUAUUUCUGAUGGCACCUUUGACAAAUAUAUUAUUCACUAAUCUAACAUUUCGCAUCUUCUAUCCAAAGAUGCUAAAUUUGGACAGAGUAUUAAAUCAACUUUAAAACUGAGAUUUGAGUGGUCGCUUCAGCUUCAGUUUCAGUUUCAUGUCAGCCUUAUUACUCUUUUACUAGAGUUUAGGGCAGUAAUACAUAUCUAUCAACUCUGUCUAACUCUCAAAUCACCAUCCUACACCAAAUUCACGUUAAGUACAUUUUCUCCCGUCAUAGUUCUUACGAUUAUAUGCCAUAUUUUCUUCCAGAGAUUGUCCUUCCAAAACCGUCAAUGCAUGCCAUUCGUCGUGGCAAGCUCUGUGGAUAGUUACUAAGAAGGGCAUAUUGUUGUAACAGCUUUUGAGAUCAUUCAUUCAUAUAGAUAUUAAGGGAUGGUCGACAGUAGUAACCUUGGCAUAUAAUUGAUUGGCUUCCGUGUAUUAAAAUAGAAAGUCACUAUUUCGUACAUUAAAUUAAAGUAAUAAAAGUAAGAUGCUUGUGAUUAUCUAUGCAAGCGGACUUGCAAUAUCACCCACAGAUAAUUAUCGCAACCGUUCAUUGUGUAUGUUGGUUCUGCUGCGACAUGUGCAAUCAUUUAUUUCUAAACUUCUGCCCACUCAAAAUCAUAUUUAGGUAUUAUCCAUAAAAAAUGGAUGAGGAUCUUUUCAUCCGAAGGAUUUGGUGGGAUACAUCUGGUUUGAAGACAAUCUUGUAGGAUUUAUGUAGGCUAAGGAGAAGACUGGGAGAAGGGUGUUCUGUCGUAAAACUAUUUAUGGACUGGUCCCAUGGAAGCUUUCAGAAUGCUCCUGCCGCAUGCAAUCAUGGUGCUGGUAUUCAGACAUAGCAUACCUUUGUACAUUGUCACGUGAUUUAUCAUCUCCGACAAGGGGCUUAUGCACUUAUAGGAUGUGCUUCACCUGGGGAUAUGCGGUGAAAUAUGGGCAAUGCACGACUUAGGACAUAAGUUGCAUGUAUACUACUUGUUGUGCCUGAACAACCUUUUUCCUCUGGGAUUUCCUUUUAUGAAGACUCUCCAACAUUCUUAUCCCUACAUUGUCCUGCAUUGUCCCGCAAAUCAUUUCUAAGAUCUCAAAAUAUAAUGUGGAGCAUGUUUUUGUAACGUGGUCCACUAUAUUGCGCAUAAUGAUCUCAGUUACCAUACUUUCCCGUGGGAGUGGUUCGAGCGUGGUUCAUAUUCAGUUUGUGGCCACCACGUUGACAGGAAAUGAAUUGCUCUAGUUUGUUGUUCAUCUUUCGUGACUAAUUCAGUGAUCUCAAUCCUUUCAGGUUAUGCGUCCUCAUCAUGGUGAGGAGUUCAGCCUGGCAGAACUGAAUCCUAUAGAAUGGAAAAUCGGCACCACCCCUCAGGUGAGGAAUGAACCUACCUUGUGGUGCUUACCGAGCGUUUUACCCUUCAAUGUCACUAUUAUUAUUUUUGGACUGAGUAAAACAUUUACCGUAGAAAAAACGGUAUUUUUACUUAAUGCAUCUGUGGCACAGCUCAGAAAUUCAGCCGGGGAAGGUUUCAAGUUCCGUGCCUGACCUUGAAUCUCUUACUUUAUUCUUGAAGAUAUGCUGAUUGACUGUGAACAACAAGAGAGAGCGUGGCCUAUCUAAGAAUCAAGACGGGGGUUCCUGAUUCUAAUAUUUUGAAAGAAACUGGUUUAGGAAGAACUAAGAAUCAUACAUGAAAAUUCCUCUCGGUGUCAUAUGUCUGAACAUGGAAUUAUUGUCUUAAGCAGGGUUUUUAUUCUUCUCAAUUCUUGUUCUCUUCUCCUCACAGAUCUUCGUUGCAUUAGCUGAUGGUGUUGAGGAGAUGGAGGCCGUCAUGAUCAUCGACAUCUUGCGUCGAGCUAAGGCCAACGUCGUGGCCGUGUCCAUUGAAGACAAGCUCGAGAUCCUCGCAUCCCGAAAGACUAAAUUAGUGGCCGACAUGCUCUUCGAAGAUGCCGCCAAGCUUCAAUUCGAUCUUAUUUUACUACCCGUAAGCCAUCUCCCCAUUUUAUGGAUGCCAGGAACACGCAGAAUCGUCAAAUCUCUUGCCCAUAAUACCGUCAUCCGGCUUCAGGGUGGGCUCGGCGGCGCCCGGGCGUUUGCAGACUCGGAGAAACUGGUGAGCCUGCUGAAGGAGCAGGCGGCCUCUAGCAAGUUCUACGGGGCGGUGUGUGCCUCUCCGGCGAUGGUCCUCGAGCCCCACGGCUUGCUGAAGGUACCACUGCGGAUUAGCUUCACUCCUCCUUAAAAAAGCUCCUCCUCCAUGGGCCACCCACCGGAGCUCUCUUGUCUGGUUUAAUAAUGGCAGGCAAAGAAGGCGACGUCGUACCCGGCCAUGUGGAGCUCUCUCUCUGAUCCGAGCGAGUCUCAGAAUAGGGUCCUCGUCGACGGCAACUUGAUCACCAGCCAAGGCCCGGGAUCCUCAAUGGAGUUCGCCCUCGCCGUCGUCGAGAAGCUCUUCGGCCGGCAGAGAACCCUCGACCUCGCCAAGAGCCUGGUCUUCAUCUGA